AAAGAAUUUCUUCCAGCUGCUCCAUUGGAUGGGAAUACAAAACCCUCUUCAUCACCCCCGUCUCGCUGUCUGUCUCUCUCUCUCUCGCACGCACUUCACCCAUUUCCUCUUGCAAAGCUUUUGUCUGUCUUUCACUUGAGCAAUAGGUGUCUCAGAUUCUCAAUCUCUCACCAGUUUGUUCAAGAUCGAUUAUCCUGUCUCUGUCGGUGAUGUGUACCUCACCUCUCUCUUGGGUUUCAUUUUCAUGCUUUAAUCUCUGAUUUAGUUCUGUUGUUGCUGAUCUUAAUCUGAAAGGGUUGUGAAAUUCAGCUGAAUUUAUCAGGUUUUUAUCGUAUGAAUUUGCUCCCAUUGUAUCAGAUCGUGUCUUGAUUGUAUUUACCCCACCUCUCAGAUUUUGCUAUGAACUGGUUUACAACUUCAUUUACCUUCAAUUUUGAUUUAUUUAGCUCUCUCAGAGUGCAAUCUUGUUUUAUGGCUCUUUAAAUUGUUGAAGAUCUUCUAGAUUUAGCACUUAAUUUGGUUCAGAUUUUAGUCGAAUUAAUAAUGUCUUCUAUUCGAUUCGAUGCCACGAAGCAGUACUAUGCCACGAGCAGUCUCGUACUUGGGUAUGCGCUUUGUUCGAGCUUGCUUGCUGUGAUAAACAAGUUUGCCAUAACCAAAUUCAACUAUCCUGGCCUUUUGACUGCGUUGCAGUAUCUAACUUCUGCUCUUGGAGUUUGGGUUUUAGGGAAACUAGGAUUUCUACACCACGAUCAAUUUACAUUUGAGAUUGCCAAGAAGUUUUUACCCGCUGCUAUGGUUUUCUAUCUGGCAAUCUUUACAAACACUAAUCUUCUUCGUCACGCGAAUGUUGAUACAUUUAUAGUGUUUAGAUCCUUGACACCCCUUUUGGUUGCUUUAGCAGAUACAACAUUUAGGAGACAGCCGUGCCCAUCAAAGCUCACCUUUGUGUCUUUGUUGAUCAUAUUGGGUGGAGCUGUUGGGUAUGUGGCCACGGAUUCGGCUUUUACUUUGACUGCAUACUCAUGGGCAUUUGCUUAUUUGGUGACAAUUACUACUGAGAUGGUUUAUAUCAAACAUAUGGUGACAAAUCUUGGGUUGAACACUUGGGGUUUUGUGUUUUAUAACAAUUUGUUAUCAUUGAUGAUUGCUCCAGUGUUUUGGUUUCUUACCGGAGAGUAUGUCGAUGUGUUUGCCACAUUGGGAUCUAAUUCUGGGAAUUGGUUUGAACCCAUUGCAUUCUUUGCCGUAUCAUUGUCUUGCGUUUUUGGACUGGCCAUCAGUUUCUUUGGGUUUGCUGCAAGGAAGGCAAUCUCUGCUACAGCUUUUACAGUGACUGGUGUUGUUAAUAAGUUUCUUACGGUUGCCAUCAAUGUGCUAAUUUGGGAUAAGCAUGCCAGUCCUUUUGGUUUGCUAUGCCUCCUCUUCACACUUGCCGGUGGAGUUCUUUAUCAGCAGUCAGUUACUGGAGCUGGCGGUGCUCCAGCACAGCGUGAGUCAACAGCAUUGAAGCAAACUGAUUGUGAGAAUGACGGUGAUGAUUUUCGAGAUGAGAAUUAGUAAAGGGCCUGUCUGGUAAACUUGCUUCUGUAUGAGGAUUUCUAUGCUCUAUGUUUCUUUUUCUUUUUUUCUUUUUUGUCCAUUGAAGAAGAAGAUAAGUAGGUGCUUGAAGUUUGAUGUCAAGUAUAUUCUUUUUUCCAUGAUUUAAGAAACUCUCUGUAUGAGAUCAAUUUAUUAUAUAUGGUCAUUAGAAUUGUACUUCUUUUA